UGUUCCGAAGAUUAAUGAAGGUCUUACGGGUGUGGAACGGCAUGAGGUCAUUUAAAGUACACUCAAUGGAAUACCAAAAGACGGCAGAAUUGAACGGUUUGUGCAAUGGCAAAAUUGUCACAGAGUAUCUCUGCCGUAAUGGCUUUAGCGAGUUGACAGUCGACACGAAAAAAGUCGCUGUCCAGCACAAAAACGAGACAUCCCGGAAAGAGGCGGAGGAUGAGUCGCGGUUACCUGCUCUGGAGGCGGCAUACACAACCAUACUGCGAGGUCUGGGAGAGAACACUGACCGGCAGGGUCUCCUCAAAACCCCUCUCCGUGCAGCUAAGGCAAUGCAGUUCCUGACCAAAGGCUACCACGAGACCAUCUACGAUGUACUAAAUGAUGCCAUAUUUGACGAGGACCACGAGGAGCUAGUUAUUGUGAAAGAUAUUGACAUGUUUUCACUUUGUGAACAUCAUCUAGUUCCAUUUUUUGGCAAGGUUCACAUAGGAUAUCUGCCAAGUAAAAAGGUUGUUGGCCUCAGUAAGCUUGCAAGGAUCGUUGAAAUCUACAGUCGCAGACUUCAAGUCCAAGAACGCCUAACAAAGCAAAUAGCAAUGGCAAUCUCUGAGGCCUUGCAGCCUGUCGGUGUGGCAGUCGUCAUUGAGGCAGCUCACAUGUGCAUGGUCAUGCGUGGAGUACAGAAGAUGAACAGCCGUACUGUGACCAGCGCCAUGCUGGGUGUUUUCAGAGAGGACCCAAAGGCCCGAGAGGAGUUCCUCGCCCUGACAAAAAGUGCAUAGUGAUCACACUUUCCUGCGCCAACUCCAUCAGUGUGUUCACAGUCAAACAGGUCAAUGAUUUUUCUCUACGUUUGAAACCCUCCAAGAGAAUCUCACUGAGCCAGAGCUGUAGAUCUGUCCACCAGCUGCUGAAGCACAGCUGUAUUGCCAACAGCUGAAACUCACUGUUUGCAUACACUGAAAUAUAAAAUGUGAAUAUUGAAGGAUCAGUGUUACUACAUGAACUAUCUUUGAGAAAAAGACCUGCCACUGAAUCAUUCACACAGCUGCCUUAAAACUGAUAGAAUUAUAUGUGUCAUUUCUAUUAUCUUCUGUUAUUAACAAUUAACACUAAAUUAACAUAUUGCCUCAGAUACUUGUUUAACAUUAUAAAUUUUUGAAAAAUGAAGAUAUUAAAACUAAUUUGUAUAUAACUUAAAAACUUUUUUUUUUGUCAUAUACUCCAAUUAGAUAAUAUUCAAAGGGUCAUAAGCCAACAUGAUAAAUAAUUUAUACUUAUAAAAGUCAAUGAAAGGUUCUUUGUGAUAUAUCUGGGGAAUCAUUUGUAUGUGGAUUGAAGUAACCAACAUUGCCACUGGGAUUUUGCCUUUUUUUUUUUUUACAUAAUAUAUAUAGGUCUGAAUUGUAUAAAACAAAGCAGAUGUCAACUAUGCCAACUAAAACAUUAAAGCACCAUUUACGAAA